GUGUUCCUCUGUACGUGUUAAUGUUUGGUUUGUGAGAUGGUAUCCUUAAUUUUUUCUAGCCCCUCAUUGAUGACUAUGGUACCUACACUUAUUGCAUCUUCCAUCGGAGCUGGCUGGGCACCACAAUCACGCGGUACACUGUCUGACCCUGCUCAUUAUGAUCCCUCAAAGUCCUCUGCUGCUUUCUUGGAAGGCGAGCUCCAAAUUCAUCCCAAUACCAAGCCAGAUGAUGCACUGUAUCGCACAAAAUGGGGUGAUGGCAUCAUGUUUGCAGCUUUGAUAGUGACUGUUACGACUUGGAUGGUAUCUGUUGGCGACGCUCAAACAGAGCUUGUGUCGUCAACGGUCUGUGGACGUCCUUGGGCUAGCCCAAGGUUAGGGGUCGUACUUGGCGUGUCUUCGGCAAGUACGAUUUAA